AUGGUUGAAGAGUCGUCCUUUCACUUUGCUCUUCUAAGAGUUUCGAUAAUACAGAUCUUAAAGGCGUCUGGUUUUGACAAAUGUAAACCUUCGGUGGUCAACAUCCUUACAGAUUUAUACAUCCAUUACUUCAAGCUUUUACUCUUGAAGAGCCUAAAAUAUGCCAAUCACCGACUAGAAAACCUGCUGGAGGUGGGCUCUAUAGGACAGCUGGCAGGAAAUGAUGGUCUUUCUGUCCAAGAUAUCACUCAAGCAAUGCUUGAUAUCGGCUUUCUUAAACCAUCACUGGGGGAGAAUAUUUUAGAUGCGUUUGAUACGCCGCCUUACUCCAAUGUCAAAGAUUAUAGCACUAAGUCUGCCAAAUCCUUCAAAAACUGGAUAUUGUACAGUGAUGGCUUCACUACGCUGAAAAGAUUGACCAAAGUACCCAAGCCUUUGAUCAAGAAUUUAAUAGAGAAGAGGAAGAUUGAUAAUACUGAUGAGCAAGACAAAGAUACAAAAGAUAAGAAAAGUAAGAGGUUAAAGGAGAAACAGGAUUACUAUAAUCACUUUAAAGACCCUUCAGGUGCUGACAAGACUGAGAAGCUUCUGCUUGCUAGAGAUGUAGACGAAGAUGACGAAGACCUCGAUCAGUUCACCUGGCUCAAUUAUAUCUCUGAAAAGGAUCUCAAGCUUGGAUACGAUAUGAAGUUCAUCAAUAGUGCUCUUGAUUCGGAAAUAAGGCAGCUGUUACCCAACGAAAACUUGCACCCCAUUGAGAACAUGGAGCAGAAAUUGCAGGCACAUUUGAACAAUCUCUACAAGUUUGACCAUAUUUUAAUAGAGAUUGAGGAUGAAGUAAAUGGCAACACCACAGGCGCAAACAAUGCAAAUAAUAGCAACACAAAUUCCAAUGUUAGUGGCGUUACAGUGACUCCCGAAUUGUCGAAAGCGUUGCCUUACAAUUUGAAAUACAAUAAGAUUCUACUUGAGGAGCCACUAGAUGAAUAUUACGAGUAUACACAACGGAAAAGGGAAGAAGAGGGUGAAGAAGAGUUAGAGGUACAAGAGAAUAACCUGGAAGCAGACUUGCCUACAGGCAAAAGCACACAAGAUAACUCAGGAAAUAACAUUGAGCAUAGUUCGGAGAGUGUAGCAACAUAG